AUGUGCAUGAUGUGCGUCCCUAUCAAUGAUCACUUCUGGUCUCCGUCGUCAUCCCCCGGAUACCCUCACAAUUCGAUGAUGGACGGAAAAGAAGAAAAGAAGCCCCGGGUUAACAAUUACAUACAAAACAUCAGUAAUGAGACAACCCCGGUAGAGGAAACAAAGAUCGUUAGUCAACGUGACAUGGCACCGACCAGCGGCCAGGUGAUGAGCGAGACGGUGUUCUGCGUAUCGCCUGACUGCUGCAUGCUGUCCAGAAUGCCGUCUCGCACUUGUACCAGAGAAAGAAAAAAAGAGACAGACAUGCGGAAAAUGUUGCCGCUGAGCGUAUUUUACUUGUAUUGUGACUUCGAAGAGGUUGCCGUGCCACGGUAUCCAUCGUGA